AUGGCCGACCUCCCUGAACCUCGAGUGAGAGCGGUUGUCAAAGCCUUCGUCCAUACUGGAUGCGAUUAUGCCGGCCCAGUCCUAGUAACACCAUAUCGUGGUAAGGGUAUAAAAAGCCGUAAGGCUUACAUCUGCCUGUUUACAUGCCUUACUACACGAGCGGUGCAUAUUGAGCUCGCAAGCGAUCUCAGCACAGCUUGCUUCUUGGCAGCCAUGAAACGAUUCCUAGCUAGACGGGGAUCGGUUCCAUGUUUUUAUACCGAUAACGGAACUAAUUUUAUUGGUGCCCGAUCUUAUCUUCGCGAUUUGUACGCUUUUCUAAAGAAUGAAUAUAAACCAGUGUGGGAAAAGCAGUUAGCAGAAAGUCGUAUCCAAUGGAAACUGAUUCCUCCUAAUGCUCCACACUUCGGUGGUUGCUGGGAAAGUAACAUCAAGUGCAUAAAAACCCAUUUAUAUAGGGUCAUCGGCCAACAAAUUCUAACCUUUGAGGAGCUUCAAACAGUUUUAAGCCAGAUUGAAUCCAUAUUGAAUUCACGACCACUUACAGUUCUCAGCUCUGAUCCUUCAGAUCCAGCAGCUUUGACGCCAGCUCAUUUUUUACAUACCGUCCCGCUUGAUUUCCUGUCAGCACCUGAUAUCGAUGAUUCGAUUCCGCAUCUUCUAACUCGAUAUGAACUCUUAGACAAGUUGGUACAGUCAUUCUGGAUGCGAUGGAAGAGAGAAUAUCUUCAUAGCCUACAAGCCCGCCAGAAGUGGAACUCACCAUCCUUCCCAGUUAAGGAAGGAACGGUUGUUGUAGUAAUACAGGAUAACGUCACGCCCUUACAUUGGCCCUUAGGCAUUAUAACACAAACCUUUAAAGGUAAGGACGACGUUAUACGUGUAGCAAUGGUAAGGACUAAGCACGGUACUUACCAAAGACCAGUGGUUAAAUUGUGUCCAUUACCAACUCAGUAA